ACUUCCCACGUAGCACUUCGAAAGCAGACAGUUGGUUGCCCAAAUCCCCCGCCCUAUCCAAAAUGUCAGAAACAACCAUGCCCAUGGCAUCAACUACACCACACAAUCUCCCACACAUUCUCCCAUUGAAAAAACGAGGAGAGUGAAAAUCCACCAAAACCUUCCACAUUCUUCCAUGGCCGAACCUCAAUCACCACCUCCAUUGAACUCACAUUAAUCCUUUCAUCUUCAAGCUUCAGAGUUUUCUUUGAUUCUGCAAAAAUGGAGUAUUAUUGUCUCGGAGCUUCGAAGUUCGCAACAAUGGCGGUUUCUCCACCAUUGAACUACGAUAAUUUGAGGUAUAAGAUGAUUAAACAACGCCGAAGUUUCCAGACGGUUUGCUUGUGGAGAACGAAUUGUGCGAAUGUUGUAGAUUGUUCUAGUAGUCGUAGUAGUAGUAGGAGGAGUGGAAGUAGUGUUUUGAGGAGUGCGAAUAGUGAGAGUAGUUGUGUUGUUGCGCCUGAAGAUUUUGCGAAUGAAGAAGAUUUCAUCAAAGCUGGUGGUUCUGAGCUUUUGUAUGUUCAAAUGCAGCAGACUAAAGUUAUGGAAAGUCAGUCCAAAAUUUCUGAUAAGUUGCCACAAAUUUCAGACGUGAAUGAAUUGCUGGAUAUGGUGGUUAUUGGUUGUGGUCCAGCUGGUCUAGCAUUGGCGGCAGAGACAGCUAAGUUAGGAUUGAAAGUCGGUCUCGUUGGUCCUGAUCUUCCUUUUACAAAUAAUUACGGCGUUUGGGAAGAUGAAUUUAGAGCAUUGGGACUUGGAGGCUGUAUCGAGCAGGUUUGGCGUGAUACCAUUGUCUAUAUUGAUAAUGAUGAUCCUUUAUACAUUGGUCGAUCUUAUGGAAGAGUCAGCCGACAUUUACUUCACAAGGAGUUGGUGCAAAGGUGUUUGGAGUCAGGUGUCUCUUAUCUGAAUGCAAAAGUCGAAAGGAUUAUGGAAGGACCUGGUGGACAUAGUCUUGUUGCUUGUGAACGCGAUAUCACUAUUCCUUGCAGGCUUGUAACGGUUGCUUCUGGAGCAGCUUCAGGGAAACUUCUAGAGUAUGAAGUGGGUGGUCCAAGGGUUUGUGUACAAACAGCUUAUGGUGUAGAGGUGGAGGUGGAAAACAGUCCUUAUGAUCCCAAUUUGAUGGUGUUUAUGGACUAUAGAGACUACACUAAACAGAGCUUUCAGUCGCUGGAGGCAAAAUAUCCAACAUUCUUGUAUGCAAUGCCAUUGUCACCGACUAGGAUCUUCUUUGAGGAGACUUGCUUGGCUUCAGCAGAUGCAAUGCCCUUUGAUCUGCUCAAGAAAAAGCUUAUGACAAGAUUACAAACUAUGGGUGUUCGUAUCAUUAAAACAUAUGAAGAGGAGUGGUCUUAUAUACCUGUUGGCGGGUCCUUACCAAAUACAGAACAAAGAAACCUUGCAUUUGGUGCUGCUGCGAGCAUGGUGCAUCCAGCCACAGGUUAUUCAGUUGUGAGAUCUUUGUCAGAAGCUCCAAAGUAUGCUUCUGCAAUUGCAAACUUGAUCAAGAAUGAUCUCUCAAAAAAUGCAAUUUUGCGUCAGAGGAAUGUGGAGAAUAUCUCAAUGCAAGCCUGGAAUACUCUUUGGCCACAAGAAAGGAAACGUCAGAGAGCGUUCUUCCUUUUUGGACUAUCACUUAUAGUUCAGCUUGACACUGAGGGUAUCAGGACAUUCUUCCAAACCUUUUUCCGAGUGCCAAAAUGGAUGUGGGAGGGAUUCCUUGGUUCUAAUCUCUCUUCAGCUGAUCUCAUAUUGUUUUCCUUCUACAUGUUCUUUAUUGCUCCGAAUGAUUUGAGAAUGGGUCUUAUAAGGCAUCUACUGUCCGAUCCUACAGGAGCGACAAUGAUAAGAACUUACAUGACACUAUGACAGUAAUACAGUAAGAUCAUCUUGGUGUAAAAAAGGUACAAUGAAUAAAAGGUUUUGUAGGUAUGUGUCCAAACUUGUUCCUGGUUUAGAAUUCAUCUGUUUAGUGAUCUUUGUUGAAGACCAACUGUUUAACAAUUCCACAGGCUCCUCAGACCUGUGUUGCGCUCUCCAUGUAACUCAUCUUAGUGAUCUUCGUUAAAGACCAACUUUUCUACAAUUCCACUAUCCACAGGCUCCUCGUAUUUGUGUUGCGCCCUCUGUUCUAUAAUUCCACUAUCCACAGGCUCCUCGGAUUUGUGUUGCGCUUUCUGUUCUACAAUUCCACAGGCUCCUAAGACUUGUGUUGCUCCCUCUGUAACUCGUUGAUAUUUGUGGGGAGUAGAUGCUUUUCUUAAAUGUUUGUUCAUGUAUAUAGGUAGGCAUUUUAACAAUUACCUACAAAUAAUUCACCAUCGGGUGAUGGGGGCAUCAUCGACAGAUCUGAUCCGGCAGGGAGAAGAGAAAGCUACUUGUUUAUUUACGAAGUAGCAUGUUACAGAAAGCUGCCUAUUCUGUUAAGAGCCAAUUAGAAGCUUCUUUGUUAUUAUGGGGGCUAAAAGUUAAUAUUUGGCCUUAUUUUUGUAAUCAUAUUAUACAUUGCAUGAAUCAUCAUUGUAGAAUAAUUUAGAUUAUGGAAGAUAUAAUUCAUGUUUGCUAAGCUUGAUUGA